GCGGGGAGGGGCGGGCGCGGGCGCGGGUGGGGCGGCUGUGGCGUCCAGGGCCUGUGCUGGGGACGGCCGGCCGGCGCCUGGGACCCGGAGGGACUCUGGUGCCGGGACAGCAUGUGACACUGCCCAGGAUUCAGCCCCGAUGGAGGCUGCGGAGCCCCGGAGUGGAGCACCGGCUCCCAAAAAACCUGCUGUAGCAGAAUUCAGUGUUGUCCCUGAAGCUCUUGUGAGAAGCAGCCAGCCCCCUGCCGUGGGGCCCAAAGCUCAAGAAGACCAGGACCCAUCCUAUACAUGGGCAGAGGAAAGCAGACUCUGGGAGACCCAGCGGAGAGAUUUAAGAAAUGUGAAUGACUGUGCAACUGAGAGCAUGACCUCUUUCCCCCAGGAGGCCCCUUUGGAUGUGGAGACCAAGCAGGAAAACCUUAUGGCCAAGGCCUGGGACACCCCAGAGUGCCAGGAGGCAGUGCCCGCGAGCCUGGCAGACAGACAGGCAAGGACACCAGCUCCUCCAGAGCACUGGGCCUGCCCUGUCCAGGGUAAACAUCUGGACAUGGCCCCACUAUGCAGCGAACUGCGCAGCAGAAUGGAGGUGGAACUCAGACCAGAAUUCCCUUCUUUGACGUUGGGCACUGGACAAGCAGCAGAGAAAGAGGAAGCUUCUCUAGAUGCCUCCGCUCGGGCCAGAUGUUCGUCUGCCUGUGAAGAGCACCUUGUAGAGACCAACUCCCUGCAGGACUCUGAAAGUGGGACUGCCAGGCAGGGCGAGGAGCUGCAGGAAAGUCAAGGGAAAGAAAGGCUUUUGUGUCCCCAGGAGGCCAAGGGGCUGGAGGUGCAGGGACAAGAAGAGGGGGAAGCCCUGGGGGAGGCUGUAUGUUCUGAGGGGCUUCUAGGGGAGCAGGAACAAAUGGGGGAGCAGGUUAGUGGUACACAGGGAGGACAGAGGCAAAAACAGGGACAGAUGCAAGAUGAUAUGGUGCUUGCAAAACAAGGAGAAAGGGAGGAGCCUAAUGAGAAAUCAGGAGGUGUGAAUUGUGAUGAGUGGGAGGGGAGGACUCGGGGCCAGGAAGAUCUGGAAGUGGGUGAACAGAGGAAGAGGGAGUUGAAGGGGCCUGAGGAGAGUAGGAUGGGUGCUCAGUACCAGGAGUAUCAAAGCUUAGCCAGGAGGUCAGUGAACGUACCUGGAAGGCAAGAACAUCAAGAUCUGCCAGGGACACUGAUGCCAGAGGAGGAGGAAGAGGAGGCAGAAGAUUGGGAUGGGGCCACACUGGGGAGAGUGGGAGGAGAGAGCAUUGCAGAGGAGGGGGAAGAGCAUGAUGGUCUUCCCACACUAGCCCCCAUGGUUUAUUCUCCCUGUGACUUGUUCCCAGAUGCUUAUAAUGCCAGGAUUCCUGGUUCUCAGACAGAGUUUAGGGCUGAGGAGCUUUGUCCCAAAGCUCAGACUCCUACCCUGGAGCCAAUAGGAUGUUCCUGUCAGUCCAAUCCUUCACCUCGCUUCUCUUCUGCUGGGGGGCCACCUGCUCAAGAAAUAGCUCGGGACCCCCAGCCAGAGGGUUCCCAGUUGGGGACAGGGACAGCUUCCAGUGGGAGGCCCCAGGUGGCCUCUGCUGGUGCACCUGAGACUUCUCCAAACUCACCAGAUUCAGCUCCCUCCACAUUUGUUGAAGUCUCCCCCAGCAGAGCCGCCUUGCUGGCUGCCAGCCCCCCAAUUGCCAUCCCCAGGACAAAGGCCUCUCUGGCUGCAUAUUCUCCAGAAACCACCAGAGCCUCUUUCUCCACCGACAUCCCAUCUGCCUGUGGGGCUUCUGAGACUCUCCUGGCAGCCCUCCCUGGCUCCCCCUCUUCAGAGGCUACCGUGGACCCACAUGGAAGCUCCAAUGGGGCCAUUCCUCAGAGCCCCCUAGCUGACUUCACAGGGGCCAUCCAGCAAAAAUCACUUUCCUUCUCUCAUUCAGAGUUGCCUCAGAGACCUCCCAAAGCUGCCAUCCAUGGCUCUGUGAACCCAAGAAGGGACAGGAAAAGCAGUAGGGACUGCAGCGUUAUUCCAGAAUUCCCUAGUUCAUUGUCCACUCUGGGGCAUGACUCUGGAGACUUUACCUCUGAUCCACACAGGCCCAGCAGUCCCCACAGCAGCCAGCCAUGGGGCUCCCCACAUAAUUCAGCCUUUGCCCCAGGGUCUCCUAUAUAUGGCUCUUCACCUGUCUUCGUAGAUACGAGGCUGCAUGAACCUCCACCUCCUGCUCCUCCAAAGAAGAGGCACGUCCACCCCUCCGCGGUGGAGAGAGACGGCCAUCUCAGUGCAGCGGUCCCCACACUGAGGCACUGUAGCUACCCUCCAUUGGCCCUAAGUUCAGGGCUCUGUGGCCCCCCCAAAGUUCCACUUCCUGAAAUUCCUGACCCCCAUGUGGCAAGGCAGUACCGACCUCUGCCCUCUACCCCAGAUGAUUCCCAGCAUAGUCGGACUUCUUCCUCCCCAAGGCUGAGAUACAACAAGCCAUUACCCCCAACUCCUGAUUUGUUUCAGCCCCACCAUUCUCCCGUUUCUCAUAAUAGUCCAAGGAUCUACAGGCCUCUACCCCCUGUCCCUGUCAUAAAUCCCCUCACCGAACCACCACCAUUACCCCCGAAGGCCAGAGGGAGGAACAAGAGCCUUCAGGGAGCACUCAUGAAUUCAGGGGGUCAAGCCAAGGCCAGGCCUGUUGGUCAAGAGUGGGCAGUCUCCAGUCCCCACUCUGGAGGACGUACUUCCUGGCCCCCAGCCAUGGGCAGAUCAACAGACUCUUUGGCUUCCGCCAGUAGGAGAAAGAGUGAAGUAUCCCCUGACAUAGCUUUCAGCAACCCGACGAGCCUUCCAAGUCCCUCUUCCCCAGCCACCCCCUGGACUAUGGAUCUCCAGGAACCCACCUCUGAACCACGGCUCUCAGAAGAGUCAGAGGCCCCUGCCAAAGGAUCUUUAAGAAGAACAGACCCUCAGGAAGGAGCCAGUAGCCUGAGGAGGUCGGAUAUAGGUCGAACAAGGCAGCCUGAAAAACCCAGCCAUCCCCACCUGGAGAAGGCAUCCAGCUGGCCCCACAGGCGGGACUCAGGGAGACCACCACAGGGCAGUGGUGAACAGGCUGCCAUCUCUGGUGAGGGCUCCAAUAAGCACAAGGGCUGGCAUCGGCAAGGCCUGCGCAGACCUUCCAUCUUACCUGAGGGCUCUUCAGAUACAAGAGGCCCAGCCACGGAAAAGCCCCCUGGCCCUUCAGACUCCAUUGUUUUUCGGGAGAAAAAGCCAAAGGAGGUGAUGGGAGGCUUUUCAAGACGCUGCUCAAAGCUCAUCAACUCCUCCCAGCUGCUUUACCAGGAGUACAGCGAUGUGGUUCUGAACAAGGAGAUUCAGAGCCAGCAGCGGCUGGACAGCUUGGCAGAGGCCUCUGGGCCCGCCUCCCCCCGGCAGCCCCGAAAGGUCCUGGUGUCCUCAGAGUCUUACCUGCAGCGCCUCUCCAUGGCCUCCAGGAGCUCCCUCUGGCAGGAGAUCCCUGUGGUGCGCAAUAGCACUGUGCUGCUCUCCAUGACCCAUGAAGACCAAAAACUGCAAGAGGCCAAAUUUGAGCUGAUUGUGUCAGAGGCUUCCUACCUGCGCAGCCUGAACAUAGCUGUGGAUCACUUCCAGCAUUCACCCCAGCUCCGGGCCAUCCUUUCCAACCAAGACCAGCAGUGGCUCUUCUCUCGUCUACAGGACGUGCGUGAUGUCAGUGCCACGUUCCUUUCAGACUUGGAGGAGAACUUUGAGAACAACAUCUUCACCUUCCACGUGUGUGAUGUAGUCCUGAACCAUGCCUCCCACUUCCGCCGGGUCUACCUGCCUUAUGUCACCAACCAGACCUACCAGGAACGCACCUUCCAAAAUCUGCUGAGCACCAAUAGCAGCUUCCGCGAGGUCCUAGAGAGGCUGGAGAGCGACCCUGUCUGCCAGCGCCUGUCCCUCAAGUCCUUUCUGAUCCUGCCAUUCCAGCGCAUCACCCGUCUCAAACUGCUGCUCCAGAACAUUCUGAAGAGAACACAGCCUGGCUCCUCAGAGGAAGCAGAGGCCACGAAGGCGCAUCAUGCUCUGGAGGAGCUGAUCCGAGACUGCAAUAACAACGUCCAGAGAAUGCGCCGGACAGAGGAGCUCAUCUACCUGAGCCAGAAGAUUGAGUUUGAAUGCAAAAUAUUCCCGCUCAUUUCACAGUCACGCUGGCUGGUGAAGAGUGGCGAGCUGGCUGCCCUGGAGUCCAGUGUCUCUCCAGGGCUGCGAAGGAAACUGAACACACGUCCAGUCCACCUGCAUCUCUUCAAUGACUGUCUGUUGCUGUCUCGGCCCCGAGAGGGUGGCCGAUUCCUGGUGUUUGACCAUGCUCCCUUCUCCUCUAUUCGGGGAGAAAAGUGUGAAAUGAAGCUACAUGGACCUCACAAAAACCUCUUCCGACUCUUCCUGCUGCACAACACGCAGGGCACCCAGGCCGAGUUCCUCUUCAGCACGGAGACUCAAAGUGAAAAGCUUCGAUGGAUCUCUGCCUUGGCCAUGCCAAGAGAGGAGUUGGACCUUCUGGAGUGUUAUGAUUCCCCACAAGUGCAGUGCCUUCGAGCCUACAAACCUCGAGAGAAUGAUGAGUUGGCUUUGGAGAAAGCAGACGUGGUGAUGGUGACUCAACAAAGCAGUGAUGGCUGGCUGGAGGGCAUGAGGCUCUCAGAUGGGGAGCGAGGCUGGUUUCCUGUGCAUCAGGUGGAGUUCAUUUCCAACCCAGAGGUUCGUGCACGGAACCUGAAGGAAGCCCAGCGAGUCAAGACGGCCAAACUACAGCUGGUAGAACAACAGACCUAGCUAUUCUCUGGAAGGACUCCCCUGAGCUUAAGGACAAGUUGUUCAUGGAGAGGGCUGGCCCUACAACCCUGCAACAGAGGCCUUCUGUGGACCAAGAACUAGACCUUCUGAGAGCCCAAGAACAAAAUCCAACUACCAAUCGCUAGACCCCACCUCCCACCCCCCACUCCCCGCCUCCUUUUUUGUGCUUUGUGCUUGGUUGGGGAUUUUGAGGGACUUUGCACCGGACUCUGGAAACUUGUUCUCAUAGGAAAAGGAUCCAGUGGGGCCUACACCAAGGAACUAUCCUUCUUCUACCAUAUAGUACAUAACAUUCUCUUCCAGAGUGCAGAUUCCGAGCUGGCCAGAGUGUCCGUCGUGGCUGUGGUAAACAGAAUCUGACCACAGUCCACUGAAGGGAGAUGUUUAAGAGGGAUUAACAUGUCAGCUGGGAGGGUCAACCUGGUGACCUCUAAGGUAUCUUCCAACUAUAACGAUUUUCCAUGAUUGUCGGUAUGAGGUAGUGCAUGCAACUCUGGGAUCUACUGGUGGCGAUGUGAGGGGGAUUCUCUCUCACUCUAAUAAACUUGGCACUACUCGAGCAUUUUCUCUUCAGACUCUGGAGCACUGAGCGAGGUUCCAAACAUGGACCCCCAUGAGGCUUCCAGGCUACUUGACUUAGGUGUCAUGAAAGACCAAGAUGAUGCCUCGGCCAUGAUGUCUGUCAACUCUUGCUUUGUGACUCCAGAGAAUUUAGGCAUUUUCUCUGCUUAUUAUGUCUGAGAAGGAAUUGAUGGAUGAUGAAAACCUAUUCAUACUUACCUUUUUCCUGAACCUUAAGGUACAGGCCAGUUGGGUAAAUUUGGAAAUCCUACUUAGGCCAUUAAUGAGUUUAUAUUUUUACUUGAAUUAUUGUGAAGUUAUCUUCCCAGUUGUUUCAUCCUGUUUGUGAAAAGCAAUACAAUGUAAUGGGAAGAGUCAUAGGACCCAAAGCAAGAGACCUUUGCUCCAGUUACCACACUGCCAUGAUCCAGCCUGUCCAUGUCUCAGUCUCCUUAAAUGUAAAAUACAAGUUUGGACUAAGUAACUCUAAAGUCCCAUUCAA